UUAUUUACGUGCCAUGACUUAUGAUGGGUUCGUUGGGGUAUCCAUUAGCUGAUGGAUCCGAAGAUGACGUAUUUUGGUAUGCAGAAGUUGGCACUUUGUUAGCUCAUGAAUUGGGGCAUCCUUUUUUCCACUCAUUUCUCAAUAACGAUUCUUUUACCUUGAUUUCUCCUCACGUUAAGCCUAAAAUACGCAAUACAACAAAUUGUUAUCAGGAUUACAACAAGCGAUAUCCAAUUAAUCAUAACAUAACAGCGGGAGAGAUUAUGGCCGACAAUUUAGGAUUGCACAUAGCGUAUCAAAACGCAGAGAUAAAAUGGCCCGAUUUGGAAGCACUAUAAUUAUCACUAGUUGUUUUGUUUUAAUCAAG